AUGGACUUGCGCUGCAUCUACCGCACUCUCUCCUCCCCCUCCCCCACCUGGGACUGCCGUCAAGGCACAGUCAAGAAGACCGGAGGUUGGAGAGGACGCAGGUGGCUCAAGCGAUAGGAACUCGCAUCCAGGUGUAGCGUCAUAUUCCCUGGUCCACAACAAACACUUGACCAGUAUUUUCAGUUUAUUUCAGUUCAUUUGAUAAGGAUGAUAGGCAAAGCCUUUGAAAACCCUAUUGAUUACAUGUCAGCUCGUUAGAAAUAACUGUACAGUAACAAUGAAAAUAUUCGCUAUAUAAACAGUACUUGAUUCAUUUGAGUAGCAUUGUCGCAGAGAAAAAAUAUGUGGGGAACCGGGGUAUUUAGCUCAGAUUCCGACUGUCGAGGGAAAACAGGGGACACAAAUAAUCAUGCAAGCGUUUCUUGAAGAGUUGCAGGGAUGUCGCCUCCACGACUGACUGAGGGAGAUCGUUCCAUUUCUCCACUGGCCUUUGCGUGAAAAAUUCAGAACGAAGGUUCAGCCCGGACAUUGUUGUCCGUAGCUUCAUCGAGUGGCCACGAAGAUUGCGUGAAAGGUGCCACUGAAACAUGUCCUUAAAACUAAGUCCAUGCUCAAGGCCAUUUAUUAUCUUGUAAACCAUAAUUAGAUCACCUCUUUGCUGCCUGUAACACAGAGGGAAUAGAUUAAGGCAAUUCAGUCUGUCCGUGUAGGAUUGGUUUUUUAGACCGUUUACCAUCUUUGUUGACCUACGUUGCACCCGUUCGAGGCAGGCUUAGUCAUUUACAAGCCAUGGCCGCCAUGCUUGUAUGACAUAUUCUAAGUGGGGCCGAACGAAGGUGCCGUAAACUCUCCCAAAAAGGUCUUGGUCAAAGAUAACGAACGCCCUAUUGAUUGCAUGCAGCACUCCCGUGGCGUUUUUUGCAGCCUUGUGGCACUGCAGUGUUGGUCUCAGAUUGUUCUGUAUCCAAACCCCGAGAUCAUUCUGUGAAGAUUCUGCGGGGAGUCUUAUAUCGUUCAGAUGAUAUGUCCUCAGGCUCUCAUUUGAAUGAGAGUUAGUUGGACGCAGAUGGAGGACGGCACCCUUCUCACAUUGAAGUCUAGAAGCCAUUUCUCCGACCACGCUUGCAGUCGAUGAAGAUUGUUUUGGAGGGAUCUCUGGUCGUUAGGACACUUAAUGACUUGCCAGAGCUGAACGUCGUCGGCAAACAUUAUUUUUCCACAGUCGAGUUCCUGAAGGCUGUCAUUAACAUAAAGGACAGCAACCGACAACAACGCGACAAGAGGUCAGAAAGACGAGGUUAACUGGGAGACCAUGCGUACCGUCAGUAUACCCAACGGGAGCGCAAGCGCACCUACCGGCAGGGACUCACGGGCCAGAGCACAGGAGUCUGCGAGUCUGGUUUGCUGAAUCAUGGCAUAGCAGUCGCGCGCAAUCCUUAAAGACCGGAGGGCUGAGAUGUCACUGUUAAAUCAGUCUCGAGGUUUUCAUCUAGUACAAGCAGUAACAACGUACUAUAGCAAACUGUUCAGCGUAUAAGGCAAUGGAUCUGAAGAACACAUUUGACACCUGUCAUCAGCACGCCGUAUGGUAGCUGGACAUGCACAGUAGGUGGGCGGACUCAUGAAGGGUCAACCAACAUUCCGAAAUGCGUUUUCGUCUCAAAAGAUUAGUUAAGAAGGGUUGUAAAAAUAAUCAUCAUGAAGCGUACUUUCAUGAUGAUUCAGUUGUCUCACGAAGCCGGCUUUAAAGGGAGCUUCUUUCUGGCUGCAUGCAAAGUCCACACUCGGUAAAAAAUGACUACAUAAGUAGCAUGCAUUUUUCUACCUGAUUUUCGAUGUUCUAAAAAAUUCAAUUCCAGUUCAUGGAAAACAUGCUUAUAAAUGUUCAUUCUACUGUUCAUUCAGUAGAAAUUACGUCUUUUUUCGAUUUUAUACUCAAAGUAGGGAUAUAAAUCGGUUUCUGAUUGUGAGAUUUUUUAAAACCGUGAAAUGUUGGUUCAUAAAAUAUCGUGUCUCUGCAUUUUCCAAUGUGGCUUGUAAAGUUAGCAAUAUGACUCAAAACCACUGGUAAAUUUUAUGAAUCCUAUAUGGUUUCCUCUCAGCGCCGUGGAGGACUACGUGGUUUUCCGUAUGCGGACAAUAUACGGCUUGUGGUUUUGAAACCCUGAAUGCAAGUUUUCCGGCAAGUCGGGUUCAAAACUAUUCGGGACUUGGAAGAGUUUUUUAAAACCGACUUGUACCCUUCCUUCGAGGGUAAAAUUGAGAGAAGACGUAACUGGCUACCGAAUGAGGAAAAGAAUAAAUAUUUUUAGGCAUGUUUUCCAUGAAAUAUAAUUGAAUGUUUGAGCGCAUCUUAAAUCAAUGAGAGUAUGCAUGCUACACAAGUAGUCAUUUUUUACAGUGUAUCGUUUUUGCAUGCAGCCGGAAAGAAGUUUGUUUGAAAUCCGGCCUCCUGAAGUAACUGACUUAUUAUAGAACUAUGCUGAUCAGUUUUACGACCCUUCUUUAUUAAUGUUUUCGAGAUGAAAACGCAUUUCGGAAUUUCGGUUGACGUGAGCUAGCCGACAUACUGUACAAUAAAAUAGGGCUGUUUUUUAAUCCUUUAUUACAGUUCGGCUAAUGGCCUUGUCAUUAGGUGUAUUGGGUGACGGGACGCUGAGAGCUACUGCAUCUCCAAACAGAAUUACCAGUCACGCAGAAAUCAGUGGCAUAUAGUUGUUUAAAAUGCCCAGUUGCAAAACCGUCGGUCUCAGUUAAACAGCAUUCCCUGGAACCGUGAUGUGUUUCCAAAAAAUGCAGCAUUUCUUGUAAGCGACCACAAUGCUAGAGAUAAGCAUCCAGCUGAACUGAUUUUCGACGCAGACUAGGGCUGUAGGCAUAAAGGCCUGAUAUUUAAGCAGAGAAGGAAACAAGGAAAUCUUUUUUUGAAUUGUAGGCGUUGACAAUUGAAGUUUGAGAUAAACUUGCGAGGAAGAUGUUGCAGUGUAUAGACUAUUCGGAUUUCACCUGGACGUUGUUCCACGCAUGGAUUCUUCGCAGCUUAUUCCUUUCAGUUACCCUUGACGAUGAAUGGGUGUUCGGAUUUUCCUAUCAGAGAGAUCACCGAACUCGAAUUUGCCUUUGGACUCCGCAUGGUACUAGAGUUGCGAAAAUUUCCAUUGAGUAACUUGACAGACAAUUUGGCGAGCAUACAUAUACCUUCGACAAAUUAUCUUCAGGCCUGUACAUUUAUAUGACCGUCGAAUUAAUGAAUCAAGAGGUACGGGCAAAUAGAUAAUUAUGUUGUAGCUCGGAUUUGGUAGGGGUAGGGUAAAAAACCAAAAUUCCAGUCAACGCCAUGGAGAAGGCGGACCCCCGGGAAAGGUAAUUAUAUGCGGGUGUCUGGGUUGGUGAUUUUGAACCGUGACAACUGUGGGACCUGUUUGAUGUUCUUCUGUGCACACGGGACCAGUUCGCGUGGCCCGAAGAAACGAGCAAAAUACGACAAAGUGAAAAAUGCGUGAGAGUAGAAAAAACUACAAUCUACAGGGCAAAGCCAAAUUUGGCACAUGGUCUAGUUAAGUGCUCAAGUUGGGUUUAACCUUUGGCAUGGAGGUCGCUUCAAAGGAACCCAAGGCCGGAUGUGGUUAUGUAGCCCCUCCUAAGGUAAACAAACCCCAGUCACCUCUAAUACGGGACCGGUGGUAAUAAGAGUUUUUACAAGUGGUGCCCGGUAACGCGCAGGCGACGAGGUCAAGUAGUUUUAUGCAAAUGAAAAGCUAUUGGGAAUGCGCGAAUGUAUUUUGAGUGGUUGAGAAAUAGUUUCCCUGACUCCUAACCCUAACCCCAAACUCUAACCUCUAACCCCUAACUCUAACCCCAACAGUAUUCUGUCCUUCAGGUGAGGCUAUAUAACCACAUCUUACCGAACUCAAUAACUGGACUCUCAGAACAGUAGGAAAGAUUGCAACGCCAGGUUUAGGCCAACCGAAGGUUUGGUAUGAAACGUAUGCUUGGUUACUGACGAUGUUUGGCAGUUUCUGACCUCAAAAUUCAUGUGAUUUGUGGCUAAGUUACAAUAGAUGUUCAGAAAGCAAGGACGAUUGUCACCGUAUGGGUUAAGGAAAAACAUAGCCGCUUGCCUCGAUUUGGCCUUUUCCUCAAACCUUUCGAUGACGACUGUCCGUUUCAUUUAAAAUAAAUCACCUUUCUGACGUACAGUUCUUAAUAUUUAACGUGACGGCACCGCAAUUAUCAUCUUGUUUGGAAAUCGUUAGCUAUUUUUCGACUUACAGUCAAAAAAGUAUUGAAGAGUAGCUCAAUUGGAUUCAGUAAAAGAGAAACAGUACCGGCGAAAGUCUAGGUACACUACCUGAUUUGGUUGUUAGCAAAAGUGAGGAUUUUUCAUCCGUGUGUAGGUUACUUUACUGGAUCGCAGGGUGUGUGGGUUCUUCGUACCACUCGGAAAACCAGGAUUGGGACCGCAGAGCGGCGCUUUCGCAUAGGGGAGCGAAGGUUGCCUCUGAAUCUAAGCAGCAAAUGCUCAGCCGACCCAGCUGCCGGUUGCUUUAGCGUUCACACAGUAUAUUUGCAUCCAGACCAACUAGCACAUUCAGAAACGCGCUUGUUCAAAAAGUACCUCCUAUCUGAUGCAGUCUGUGAUGAUGAAUUUGAAUGUGGAUCCGAAACGUCAGGCGAAUAAAACUCUUGUUUUAGUGAUCACGUCUUCAUCUUCUCAUCUGAUUUCCAGAACUCGGGAGAGCCAUACAUUCCUUUGUGCGUGGUGACUUCGAGGUCGCCGGAUCUCUUCGGGUAUGACAAGGAAUUCCAGGGAAUAUGGCUUCUGGUCAUGUUAGGUCGUGAUUAAACCUUGAUACUAGUUCUGAGAGCUGAUUGGUGUCAGAGGACGUAGUUGGUUCCGAUUUCAUGUGGCUUCGGCUUACGGAUCGACACACAGAAUUCAAGUCGUCUGGACAGUGCCUCAGUUCUUGACACAUUUAUUUUACUGUCAGAGGUAUCAACAUGCCUUAAUCUGAAAUCAAACAGCGCUCUAGUUAUCCUUUGUGUGAUAAACGAGUGCCUUACGAAAUUCAACCGAGAGAGAAGCUUCUGAUAUCGAGAACAUGCCCGUGAAAUGCAUGCGCGACUUCAUGUUGUAAACGACUUGAAGUGGAUUCUCUGUCCUGGUGAUUGCCAAGUAGUUGUGGCGCGGUUUGUCUCGUCGCAAAACUUGGUAACGUACUCCUUGAGGUUUGAUAUUAGGAAGUGACACAAAGUAGCUGAAACGCACUCACGAAAUCCGUUGCUAUCAAUUAACGCAGUCAUGUACGCCUAUUUUUAAAUCUGUACCGGUACUAAAAUGCUCUACGUUAAGUUCCGCUAUGAUACACAUGUAAGUACGUGCGCUUUCGCUUAUUCCUCACCCGGCUUGUACAGUAGGAUAAUGGAAGACAGAGUUGCCAAAAUUUAAACAGCCAGCAAACAGUAAAUAUGGGGGAGAGGGUUGAGGACGUCCAGAGUUCAGAGGUUAUAGUGUCCGGAAAUUAGCUAUGUCUCUGUUUCAUCGCCGUAACGUGAAGCGGCAGGUCUGAUGGUGAAUAAUCGGAAGCGUACGUCGACUGAACUUUUCUUAAAUGACUUACAUUACUCAAACAGUAACUCCCGCCAGGCGUCUUGCGAUCCCUGGAAAGACUUUUACGAUUAAGACGCAAACUAACGAUUAAGACCAAACAGAUAUCCAAGUUCGCGGACCCAAGGAAACAGUAAGGAAUAGUGGGAGAGACAGAUACUUGUGUAUAUGCCUGGCAAAGCUCAUGAAGUCGUUCCCUUUGUUAAUACGAACUUUGGGUUCAUGGAAAAUGGGUUCUGUUUUGAACGACUCGAGUAGAUUUCGAGAAGGGAACAUUAGGAUGGGAUAAAACCAAAAGCAUUGGAAGAUAAGAACCCACUUGUCAUACGUAACGCUGAUGUAAUUUUAUCCUCACUGCAUUCCAAGUGGUCAUUUUUGUUUGUUUGCUAUGCUUUCAAAAAGCACAGAAUGAUCGAAGCUAUAUUGCGACAACACGAGGCAUGCUCGUUCUAAACUGUGGAUUCAAAUAUUUUUAUUAGAGACAAAGUUUAUUACGUACAUUGCUGCGUUCUUAAGUAAGGCAUUAGGGGGUCCAAUGCACCUCCGCUGACCAUCUGAAUAUUGAUAACUAUAUUCUGUCAGCAUCACGGUGAUUUUUCGCCUUUAUAAUUUAAGACUCUGAGUUGGCUACUAUCAUUUAUUAAGUAAGGGUGUAAAUUACGACGUAUUGAUUGGGAAGCGAGGCGAUCGGUAUCUGCCCAUCGUGAUGAUAGCAUUCCGAGGGAAUCUGUCUCUCUAGCGGCAUAAGGACAACUCAGUUCCAACAUGGCUUUCUUGAGUUUCCCUACCAGGAUGUUUAUCUUCCUUCAUAUCAUUCUGCUAGGUGAAAUUUAUCCUGUCGCUACUUAGGGGUAAAAUGCAACUGGGAUAUUUAAUACGCUUACGGUUACAUCGGAGGAAGUGCAUCUAAGCUGGUUAAAUCUUUUUGGCCGGCCAACUCCAUGUUAACGAAAUAAAGCAUGUUUCUAGCCCUUCGCUCACAUCGCUGGCAUCACUAUAUGCUCGAAAAGAUUGCUGGUGAACUUUUUUCGGCGACUCACUCUGUCCACUGGCUCUAGAAUCCAGAACGAGGUCGACACUCUGAAGGCACAUUUCCCUACAACUCAUGCAACAGCCACUAAUGUCCCUCAGCUGGUGGUGGUCGCCGUCAAGUUGGACGAAUGAUCUUUCAUGUGUGUCCGGGUUGUCUCAUUUACCAAGCGAUAUUCAUUCUAGCCCGAAAUCUGUUUGCGUACAGCUCUCAUGUCUGACUCCGCAAAGCUUCCCCGGACGUGGCGACCAAUUCACAAUAUUCGUCGCAGUAUACGGCCAGACCCGGACUACCCCAACAGACUCCAACGGUCGUGGGCAUGAGUAGGAGUUUUGGCACCUAUACAUGGGGCCUUUGGGCCACACUGACCAUUUCGUCCAAUGAUAUGACCAGUCGUCAUACAAAGGCCCCGUCACGAUGGGGGUGGGAAGAGGGUGACUCCAAUCUACUACCACCCAUGCCUCCGGCCUUUGAAUGGUGAAGGCCUAGGCAAAGUGCAUAGUGUGUCUCAACCUUAUGGGCCUCAAGGAUUGUACGCAUACGCUAUGCCAUGAUUCAGCAAAUAAUGGCCCUCGCAGACCGGUAUGCGCUGGAAAUUCUCUGUAACCCGAUUCCUUGUCGGUAAAUAGGCUUGCGCUUCCACUGGGCAUACAGGCUGUGUGCAUGGUUACUCAGUGACUUGUGUUAUCCUCUCUCUCUCUGACCCACUUCUGUCGUUGGUUUAAAUCCUGGUCAUCAUAAAUAGGCAGGCAGUCACCUGACUUUAAGAGCGGACUUGUCAAAUGAAGCCAAACUUCUAGAGGAGGGCUCGUGUGAGCAGACAACAGCUUGUAUUCUUGUCGGCCAAAAGUGCCAUUCGAAGUACCUACUUUUCACAUCUUGGGGUCAGCAGAGCCGAGUCUUUAAUCAUCCUCAGCAAAAGCCUGCGGUGAUCGACCUGGAAUCGACAUUAACUGUUGAAUCGUCGUUAUGUUGUUUUCCGUAAGGAAAGUUUUCGAGUACAAAACCUAGUAUUCGUCGGCAUCAAUGCACUGAACACUAACGGACAUACGGCGGGUUUCCCCGCACCCACUCCUGUCGACUUCCAACUCGCUAUGAACACGUAAGAGUCUGCCGACAGGCGUCAAUGGGGAUCAGCUGCUGAACUGCUUGUUCCACGACUACUGUCAAUGUUCAUCACCCGAAUUUGAAGGCACUACCACAAAGGUCCCUAAAAUUAACAACGAAACUGCUGCCCGAAUCUUCAGCUCAAGGCGAGUGUGACAUCCCUGAUGUCAAUUCCUUUUCGUCUCUUUUGUUAGUCUCUGUUUGUUAGUAACCAGACUUUACUCACACCAUGCCUUUGUCUCUGUACCCCUAUUCGUCGGUUCUCGUAAUUCUUUGUUCUUUGUCCAUUGUCUAUUGCUCUUCGUCUCCGUUGGCUUUUAAACCGACCACCACACUUUGGCGUCAUUCGCUGACUGCUCGUCCAAUCACCUCAAAUGUACGUCCACUUUUCAAUUUAUUCCCCGCCUUAUUAACUCUAUCGUGCUCCGCUAAUCAUACUGUUUAUUGCUUCAGAACUACAAAGAAUAACCGAGUUAUCCCGAUUGUCUUCUGACAUAACUUUGACCUCGGGUGCGUCUAUUCCGGUGAAUAAACCAGCACUGCACCGAGAAUAUCUAAGGGAUACUAACAGUGGGCGUGGGGCAUAUUAUGUACUGAACUUACUACUGACAUUACAUGUCAAGUCACGCACAUCUGCACAAAGGACGUCCCCUGACAUUCUCUUUUAUCAGGACGUUCUCGGCAAUUUGCGUAUGCUCUCGAACGACCCACCAAGUGAACGCUUAUCCACUUGGCUCCACGCGUCUGUCUGGCCGGAUGCGGAAGGCUUGUAAAAAUAGCAGCAGCAUUAAUGAGACUUCUGCCGCUUUAUCCCUCAUGCCUGGUCUCACCUGUCUCCUUGAAGACAGCCACAAGGAUGGACGAGUCCAGUCUUCAUGCGCAGUUAAUAUUCCCAUGAAGAAAUAAUGGGCUAGGAUAGAGGUCAAGGUUGUAAUUAGGACUAAAUUCAAACCAACCUAAGGACCUGUGAGGCCGUUAACUACGUUGUUGCUUUUCAAUUUCCUCAGAAAUAAGCUGCUAACUUGAAGUAAAUCAGUUUACACAGAGGUCUAUAGGCGCAGACCGGAAUUUGAUGUGGGAUUAUUUUGGCCGAAGUCCAUCAGCCACGGAGCGAUAUCCUGUGACGCUGAAAGAUAUACCACUAGCUGCCUGUCGGCAGUUAAUGAAUACUACACGGUUUUUCCCCUGUGGUUGAUGGACUUCGGCCCAAAUAUUCCUACAUUAAGUUUCGAUCUGCGCCUAUAGACAGUAUAUACUGAUUUACUCCAAGUUAACGGUUAAUUUUUGAGGAAAUCUAAAGGCACCAAUCUCCAAACUGGAGUACCUACCAGAAGGCCCACAGGGACGGCUGGAGGACUCAUUGGUGGGCCGAACCUCUCUCAGCUGUGCCAUAAUGCGGCAGAAUAUCGGCGAAACAAGCGUGUCUGGGCUUCUAGCUAGCACCUGUGCUGCUAAUAUUUUACAAUGGCUCCUGUUAUCCCAAAGAUAUAAGCUCCUACAAAGCCUUAAUUUCCUUUCAGCUGCUUCCAGUGCCACUAACCGAGCAGAUGGUCGUAGCUUGCUGAGAACCAGUACGUCAUCAAUCAAAUGACCAAUCCCAGAUCAGUUUGCGUACCCACCAGCACAGAAACUUAGCGGAUGUAACGAUCUCCGCUUCGCAUUCGAUUAUAAACAAGUGGUCCCGGAAGCCAGGUGUUGCUAUAGUUACUUACAAUUCAAACUGUAGCAUGUCUAAUUGCGCCACAAGAUCUCUAUGGCAAUUCCUUUAAAGCAACUUCCAUGAAAAUGGGUCCACAGAGACGGCGAAGAAGUUGAUGUGGGCCACGGGACUUUUGCAUAGGCGUUUGCCAUUGGCUUGUUGGCGUUGGGUGAACGUUUGCAGCCACCUGAGUCAAUUCGCAAAAAGUAGAAAAUGGUAAUAUAGUGCAGGAAAAGAAAACUCUGUUUCUCAAAUUCCCCUUUCAAGAGGACGCGGCGAGUGAGCUCCUGAGAAGGCGCCCUGACCAGGCCGUUUCACGUACCUUCCCGGCAGCAAGAGUUCAAGUAUUGUUUUCGACCAAUCCCAUCUUAUGCGACGAAGGUAAGGAUAGGUUACCACCUCAGACCACCUUUAUGCGCAUUUACCCCCUUACUUGGUCCUGUGGAGCAGGCUACGUUGGUCGUACGAGUCGGCGCCUAUCGGCAAGAAUACGAGAACACCUGCCGGCAUGGCUGAGGAAGGGUGAAGUUAGUAGCAUACACGGCUCCAUCCUCGCACACAUGGUCAAUUCUGUGCACUGUGUGGAUCUCAACAAAGCUUUGCGUGUGAUUUACAGGGUCCCAUCUAACUACCCUAAUCGACUGGAUCAGCGCUUACUUGCAGCAGCAGCAGCAGCAGCAGCAGCAGCAGCAGCAGCAGCAGCAGCAGCAGCAGCAGCAGCAGCAGCAGCAGCAGCAGCAGCAGCAGCAGCAGCAGCAGCAGCAGCAGCAGCAGCAGCAGCAGCAGCAGCGACUGUCAUCAGGCUAUUGGCCGGUCCUGUGCUCGCAGAAGAACCUCUUGCACGCUCUGCGUCUACCGUGGGCCAGGAUCGAUUAA